AUGUUAUUACGACGAUUUUAUAUCCAGGAGAAUGAGAGAGCUCCUAAUCCUAAACCGAAAAAGGACCGUGAGCUGAAGGAUGUUUUUGAUGAGGACAUUGAAGCGGGUAUUGAUUUAGUCAAAAUAAUUCCUUUACCAUGA